UGGGUCCCACCGCAGGCCGUCAAGAAACGGAAGCCGGCGACGAUGCGAGGACGGUCCGAGUACACUAAGGUGAGCGAGGAGGUAUGGAUGUGCUAGUGGCGGAGGAGAUGAUGCGUAGCGCUGCAUGCAGAUGCUUCUUCCUAAGGCAAGGUCUCCAUGCUCAUGCCACUUGUUCGUAGCCCGACGAUGAGGAAGCAUCGUUCCUCAACGAAGGCCAAACGCAACAAAUGGAAAUGCAUAAGCAGGACGAAGAGCUGGGCCAGCUGCACGACGCAGUAAAGCGGUUGGGCGACAUGAGCAAGAACAUCAGCGCCGAGCUCGACACCCAGAACCACAUGCUGGACGAAGUCAAUGCGGACACGGACCGCGCCCAGGACAACUUGGACGUCAUUACGCAGAAGACGCGCGAGCUUGUGAAGCAAGCAGGUGGGAUGCAGAACUUUUGCAUCAUCAUCGCACUCAGUCUUGUACUGAUUAUCUUGACCUACUUGGUCAUUAUGACUUAAUACCUCUUCCUAUUCGCGUAAUGCUACGUGAGCUGGUUGAGGAAAUUCUCGAGCGGAA